CACACUCCUCCCGACGCCUUCUCCUCUGCGCCCAACAAGGGACCCUCCACACCACAGACAUGUCCUGCUACGACAUCUGCCGCCCCUGCGGACCCACCCCGCUGGCUAACAGCUGCAACGAGCCCUGUGUCAGGCAGUGCGAGGACUCCCACGUCGCCAUCCAGCCUCCCACCGUGGUGGUCACACUGCCAGGACCCAUCCUCAGCUCCUUCCCCGAGAACACCGCCGUUGGAUCCUCUGCAUCAGCUGCCGUGGGCAGCAACCUCAGCUCCCAGGGAGUGCCCAUCUCCUUCGGUGGCUUUGGAGGCUUUGGCCUUGGAGGCCUGGGCUGCUUCUCUGGCGGAAGAGCCUGCUACCCCUGCUAAGGACCCACACCAACACCCCUGACUGAAGCCUCCAACUCCAUGCAAGCCAGCUCUUCGACUGAGGACGCACCUCCGCGCUCUUCAUAGCGCACAGGCUCACCAGCCUCGGCUCUUCUUCUCAGGGCACUCCGCACUCUAGCAGGGAAGGGGGCCAGUCCAUGCUGCCUGGAAACAUGGCUGAUGGACGGCCUACUCCUCUCUCACUUCCUUGUUCUCCUUCCACCGUCUUCCAUGUCCAGUACUCUCCACUGCAAUGGCUUACUCGCAGCCACAAACCCACCCGGCACCUCCCAUGUGCUGAUUCUAUUGCAGUGCAGGAAGACCUUGGGGCUCUGGGAAAAUCUGCUGU